UCAGUGUGCGAGUGCUAGAAGAGGGAGAUAUCGUUCAGACGCUCACUGAAAACGGCGAACAAUCACAGACAAACAUGGGUUUAUUCUGAGGCUGUUUACUGUGCGGGCUGAAAUAAUUAUUUCGUUGUAUUUGCAGUUGCAAUUCUUUUCUAUUAUUUGUAGAAAAUGUUGGACAAACGUGUUGUUGACCUGCGAUUUGAUCAUUUGGAAGACGUGAAAGCGAAAAAUGUUAAAGAGCCAUUUGAAAAACAGUACAAGUUUGGAGCGCUUCUGGGCAGCGGAGGUUUCGGCUCCGUUUACGGCGGACAGCGAAUUUCAGACGGACAACAGGUGGCCAUUAAACAAAUAUCCCGUGACAGAGUUCAACAGUGGGCCAGACUGCCUGGUGAAGCAAACAUGGUUCCAAUGGAGAUUGCUCUACUGCUGUCAGUACCUGGUCACCGAGGCAUCAUCAGGAUGCUGGACUGGUUUGAAGUCCCAGGUCAGGGGUACCUCAUUGUGUUUGAGAAACCGCAACACUGCCAGGAUCUGUUCGACUUCAUCACUGAGCGUGGGGCCCUGGAGGAGCCCAUUGCACAGAGGUUCCUCAAACAGGUUGUUAAAGCCCUCCAGUUCUGCCACUCCAGGGGAAUUGUGCACCGGGACAUCAAGGAUGAAAAUAUCUUGGUAGACACCCGCACUGGAGACAUCAAAAUCAUUGAUUUUGGAUCUGGGGCUCUUUUGAAGGACUCCAUUUACACUGACUUUGAAGGUACCAGAGUUUACAGUCCUCCAGAGUGGAUCCUCAAACAGCGCUACAACGCCCAUCCGCUUACUGUUUGGUCACUGGGUGUACUUCUGUUCGACAUGGUGAAUGGUGACAUUCCCUUUGAGCGGGACGAGGACAUAAUUCAAGCCACUCCAGCUUUCACUAAACACAUCUCCAAAGAAUGCCAGUCUCUGAUUCGGUGGUGCCUUGCAUACAGACCAGAGGAUCGACCAACCUUGGAGCAGAUCCUUCUUCAUCCUUGGAUGAUGGAGAACUCGGAGGACAUUGGAGAUUUGCAAGCACAAAGCAAUAUUAACCCAAGCCUUUGAAUCGCGGAGGACUUUCACACACAAUGUUUUAUGUUACACUGGACUUUUCAAACUCUAUUUACUGCCUUCUGGACUUCUUUAAUUUAUUAGUUUUGUUCGGCUGCCUUCAGAAGAUUCUCAUGCAUCGUUUUGUUUGAUGUGGACUUGGGAUCGCCAAAUAUAGACCUGGAUUGCUGCAGUUUUACUUUAUGAAUGAAAACGUCAUACAACAGUGGAAGUUUUCUUAUUUAUUGCUGAUUAUUUAUUUUUUCAGCCACAUACUAAUUUAUUUUUGCGCUCAGUGAUUCGUGAAGUUUCAGAAGCAGUACUCUGUGUUCUUUUUGUUUGUUUUGAUUUUUUAAGUUCUAACUGACUUAAGAAAUGAUAAUGGUUAGACUUACAGUCAUGCAUUAGAAUGCGAUGAUACCUGGUUUUACAGGUUUCCGUUGUACAGUGAUAUUCUCUCCCUGUUAUAAGGGGUGACACAAAAAGUCUUUGGAUAUGGUUUCCAGUCCUUUGAUGGGAGUGCUGGAAUAACAAUAAUUCAGGCUCAUGUGGACAUGUUCCCUUUUAUAAACACAUAUACACACACACACACACACACACACUUCAAAGAUGAGGAGCAUUCCUGUUGAUCCUGUUUACUAUAAAUGAAUCAGUUCACUAGAUAGAUUCCUGAAAGCUAUUAGCAAGUUGGCUUUUGGUUUCCAUCUGCAUUGUUUGUCAAGUACUGGGCUGUAACUUAAGUUAUGUUGUCAGGACAAUUUGUACUGAAAGCUCUGACAUUUUGUUGAAAAUUCCCAAAGGUUAGAGUGAAUUUUAAUUACUAACAUCACACAGACUCCAACUACUUACACAGUGUUUAUGUUUACUAAAAGGGCCCUAAUUGUUUGAUUUUGUUAAUGCAAAAGAGAAUGAAGUACCCACUGCCUUAUUUGAAAAAUAUUCAUAAUGCAAUAUUUAUUUCAUGUAAAUGUUGUUUUUAAAGUGUGACUUUCAAUAGUGCAUCCUGUAUUCUUUUUUUGUAGAAACACUUAAAUUUGUCAGAUGUCCAUUGUGUCCACAAGUGAUUUGUUUUUGUGUAAUUGGCUGACUUUGGAUACAGAUUGGCAUGUUCAAAUAUUUAUGAGACUUAAUUCUAGUAGGAAUGAAAUUAAUUUAACUACUGUUCUAGAAUUGGACUUUUCCCAGCAUAUUGUGUAAUGCAUUAUUGUUUUUGUUUUUUUAUAUACAGUGAGCAUUUGCUAUCCCCCCAAUUUUGUUAAUUUUUUUAAUCCUUGCUGUUUUGCUUGGGUUGGCACAUUUUUGUUGUAAAUACUUGUGUAUUGAAAUAUGUGAUGUGGCAGUUGUCACAAUGUUUAAUUUAAGAGAUUCCGUUAAUAAAAUGUAGAUGUGAAACAUCUAUUUU